AUGCCUUCCGGCGCGAGGCGGAAGCCCGGCUCCGGUCCAGAUCGGAGCCGGAGAGUCCCCAGGCACUUGUCUCCUCAGUGGAUGCUUCUCGGCGCCUUCGCCGCCGCCCCGCGUCGCGGGACGCGGAGACCGGGGUCAGGAAACUGGAGCAUGGCUAUGAGCAACGGAAACAGCGAUUUUAUGGUUCUGAGCAAUGGCAGCAUCACAACCAGUGCUACCACCCCUUCUCCCCUCACCGCCGGUGAUGGAGACCUUGCAGCCCAGCAGCUCACACCCAAAGAAGCACCCAGAACAAAAGUGAGUCCAAAUGGAUGCCUGCAAGUUAAUGGCACAGUUAAAUCAUCCUUUCUGCCUUUAGACAACCAAAGAACGCCUCCGGUGUUACCCCAGUGCUGCCAUCCUUGCCCAUACCAUCACCCUUUGACUUCCCAUGACAGUCACCAAGAGUGCCAUCCCGAGGCUGGCCCCGCAGCACCUCCUGCUUUGGCCUCGUGUUGCAUGCAGCCACACUCAGAGUACUCUGCAUCUCUCUGUCCAAACCAUUCACCUGUUUAUCAGACAACGUGCUGUCUUCAGCCCUCUCCAUCCUUCUGCCUGCAUCAUCCGUGGCCUGACCAUUUUCAGCAUCAGCAUGUGCCGCAGCACAUAGCCAACAUCAGACCAUCCAGACCUUUCAAGUUACCAAAAAGUUACGCAGCCCUGAUAGCAGACUGGCCUGUGGUUGUCUUGGGCCUGUGCACGGUGUUCAUCGUGGUCUGUGCCUUGGUUGGAGUAUUAGUGCCAGAGCUUCCUGAUUUCUCUGAUCCAUUGCUGGGUUUUGAACCAAGAGGGACUGCAAUAGGCCAGAGACUGGUCACAUGGAAUAACAUGGUGAAAAAUACAGGAUACAAAGCAACAUUAGCAAAUUACCCCUUUAAAUAUGCAGAUGAACAAGCCAAAAGCCAUCGGGAUGAUAGAUGGUCAGACGAUCAUUAUGAAAGAGAGAAGAGAGAAGUUGACUGGAACUUCCACAAGGACAGCUUUUUCUGUGACGUUCCAAGUGACCGAUAUUCCAGAGUAGUAUUUACUUCAGCUGGAGGGGAGACAUUGUGGAAUUUACCUGCAAUUAAAUCAAUGUGCAAUGUAGAUAAUUCAAGGAUCCGAUCGCAUCCGCAGUUUGGCGAUCUCUGCCAGAGGACCACGGCUGCCUCCUGCUGCCCCAGCUGGACACUGGGGAACUACAUCGCUAUUCUGAACAACAGAUCAUCCUGCCAGAAAAUCGUGGAGCGCGAUGUUUCUCAUACCUUGAAGCUUCUCCGCACGUGCGCCAAACACUACCAGAACGGCACCCUGGAGCCAGACUGCUGGGAUAUGGCGGCCCGGAGGAAGGACCAGCUCAAGUGCACCAACGUGCCACGGAAAUGCACCAAGUACAACGCCGUGUACCAGAUCCUCCACUACUUGGUGGACAAGGACUUCAUGGCCCCGAAGACAGCCGAUUCCACGCCCGCUCUGAAAUACAGCAUGCUCUUUUCGCCCACCGAGAAAGGCGAGAGCAUGAUGAACAUCUACCUGGACAACUUCGAAAACUGGAACGCAUCCGACGGCGUCACCACUGUCACCGGCAUUGAGUUUGGUAUCAAGCACAGCUUGUUUCAGGAUUAUCUUCUGAUGGAUACCGUGUAUCCCGCCAUCGCCAUGGUGAUCGUCCUUUUAGUCAUGUGCAUCUACACCAGGUCCAUGUUCAUCACCCUGAUGACGAUGUUUGCCAUCAUCAGUUCUUUGAUCGUGUCCUAUUUUCUCUACCGCGUGGUGUUUAACUUUGAAUUUUUCCCUUUUAUGAACCUCACCGCGCUCAUUAUUCUGGUGGGCAUUGGAGCAGAUGAUGCUUUCGUCCUAUGUGACGUCUGGAACUACACCAAGUUUGACAAGCCUCACGCAGAAACAUCAGAGACAGUGAGCAUCACGCUGCAGCACGCUGCCCUGUCCAUGUUCGUCACCAGUUUUACCACGGCAGCUGCCUUUUACGCCAACUACGUGAGCAACAUCACGGCCAUCAGAUGCUUCGGGGUGUAUGCGGGGACAGCCAUCCUCGUCAAUUACGUGCUGAUGGUCACGUGGCUUCCGGCGGUGGUUGUCCUGCACGAGCGGUACCUGCUUAACAUCUUCAGCUGUUUCAAGAAGCCGCAGCAGCAGAUGUACGACAACAAAAGCUGCUGGACGGUGGCCUGUCAGAAGUGCCACAAAGUCCUUUUUGCCAUUUCAGAAGCAUCUCGGAUUUUUUUUGAAAAAGUCUUGCCGUGCAUCGUUAUUAAGUUUCGCUACCUCUGGCUAUUCUGGUUCCUGGCCUUAACGGUGGGCGGGGCCUACAUCGUCUGCAUAAACCCAAAGAUGAAGCUGCCCUCCUUGGAGCUCUCCGAGUUUCAGGUGUUCAGGGCGUCUCACCCUUUUGAACGUUACGACGCCGAGUACAGAAAGCUGUUCAUGUUCGAGCGCGUCCACCACGGAGAGGAGCUCCACAUGCCCAUCACGGUCAUCUGGGGUGUAUCCCCAGAGGACAACGGCAACCCCCUAAACCCUAAGAGCAGAGGGAAGCUGACCUUGGACAGCGCCUUCAACAUCGCUAGUCCGGCUUCGCAGGUCUGGAUUUUGCACUUCUGUCAAAAACUGAGAAAUCAGACCUUCUUUUACCAGACCGACGAACAGGACUUCACCAGCUGCUUCAUCGAGACCUUUAAGCAGUGGAUGGAAAACCAGGACUGCGAUGAGCCUGCCCUAUACCCCUGCUGCAGCCACUGGAGCUUCCCCUACAAGCAGGAGAUCUUCGAACUGUGCAUCAAGAGAGCCAUCAUGGAGCUGGAGAGGAGCACAGGCUACCACUUAGAUAGCAAGACCCCAGGGCCGAGGUUUGACAUCAAUGACACCAUCAGGGCAGUUGUGCUAGAGUUCCAGAGUACCUACCUCUUCACCCUGGCUUAUGAAAAAAUGCAUCAGUUUUAUAAAGAGGUGGACUCAUGGAUUUCCAACGAGCUGAGUUCUGCCCCUGAGGGCCUCAGCCACGGCUGGUUUGUCAGCAACCUGGAGUUCUAUGACCUCCAGGACAGCCUCUCCGAUGGCACCCUCAUUGCCAUGGGGCUGUCCGUGGCCGUGGCCUUCAGUGUGAUGCUGCUGACCACUUGGAACAUAAUCAUCAGCCUUUACGCCAUCAUUUCGAUCGCCGGAACUAUAUUUGUCACCGUGGGUUCCCUCGUCCUACUGGGCUGGGAGCUGAACGUUUUGGAGUCAGUCACCAUUUCGGUGGCGGUGGGCCUGUCUGUAGACUUUGCUGUCCAUUAUGGGGUGGCUUAUCGCUUGGCCCCAGACGCUGACCGAGAAGGGAAGGUGAUCUUCUCUCUGAGUCGCAUGGGCUCUGCCAUCGCCAUGGCCGCGCUGACCACCUUCGUGGCCGGGGCCAUGAUGAUGCCCUCUACGGUUCUGGCUUACACCCAGCUGGGCACCUUCAUGAUGCUCAUCAUGUGUAUCAGCUGGGCUUUCGCCACCUUCUUUUUCCAGUGCAUGUGCCGGUGCCUUGGGCCGCAGGGGACCUGCGGUCAGAUCCCUUUACCUAAAAAACUCCAGUGCAGUGCCUUCUCCCACGCCUUGUCUGCAAGUCCCAGUGACAACGGACCAAGCAAGACGCACACCCUGAAUGCUUAUCAUUUAGAUCCUAGGGGCCAGACAUCAGAAAUGGAACAUGAGUUUUAUGAAUUGGAACCUCUGGCAGCCCACAGCCGUGCAGCGUCUGAGAAGACCGCUUAUGAAGAGACCCACAUCUGCUCUGAAUUUUUCAGCAGCCAGGCGAGGCAUUUAGGGCUGCCUGUCCACACAGCUUACAACAGUGAACUCAACAAAAGCACCAAAAAUGAAACGAGCCCUGCCUUGUUGCAGGCCUCUCUUGAACAGCACACCAUGUGUCACUUCUUCUCUCUGAAUCAGAGAUGCAGCUGCCCAAAUGCCUACAAACAUUUGAAAUACAGCCCGCCCUGCUGCCAGCAGAUGGGCGACUGUUUGUGCCACCAGUGCGCUCCCACUGCCAGCAGCUUCGUGCACAUCCAGAAUGGCCUGGCGCCUCUGAAGGCCGCACACCAAGCCCCCGAGGGCUUCGUGCAUCCGGUCCCGCGCAUCCACCCCUGUUCUGGCCAACAGUGCAGGGCAAAACCGCCUGGAGCCCAGAAUGCUCUGCCCAGGAGUUUCUUCCUCCACCCAAUGCAGCACAUUCAGGCCCAAGAAAAAAUCACUAAGACCAGUGUACACAGUCUUCAGAGCCUCGAAGAGCAUCUUCCAAAGACGGUAGAGCCAUCAUCAUUGGUCUGCAGAAGUGCCGGAGCCUUACACAAAGCCUGCUGUGGUCCUGAGACUCACCCAAGGGGACUCUGUAAAAACAGAGACCUCAGGACCACGGAGGGCAGUGGCGGGGCCGCCGCCAAGGACUCCGUUUCAGUGAGUCAGCCCAACAAUGCAGAAAGGCGGGUGGAGCUGAGCCCAUCACAGACUGAUGUCAUUGUGAGCUCGGAACAUUUAAAUCAGAAUGAACCCAAAUUUCUAUUUAACCAUUUAAUAGGGGAGGCCGGGUAUAGGUCCUGCCCAAACAACCCACAGAGCCGUGGCAGAAUUGUGAGAGUGAAGCGCAGUUCUGUGGACUGUCCAAUACCAAACAUCGAAGCCGGCGUGCCUGCUGUGUUAACACCCUCAGAACUUUCUGGCGAGAGUUUGUUAAUAAAAACACUUUAA